AUGUCGGAUCAAACAAAGCCUCUCAUUGUUUUGACCUGUACCCCAGGUGCAGGCCACGUCAAUCCUAUCACCACCAUUGCGAAAGCGCUUAUUCUAGAUGGCUACCAAAUAACUGCAGUCUCUGCUACUGGCUAUCGUCAAAGGUUCGAGGAUGUCGGAUGCAGCUAUGUUGCCAUUCAAGGCUACGGAGAUUAUGUUGACGAAGACCGUGAGGCCAAAUGGCCCGAGAGAGCAAACAUGCCGCCCGGACCCGAACAAUUUGCGUGGACUGUCGAGCAGAGUUUCAUCAAAGUUAUUCCUGACCAACUCGCAGCUGUCCAAAAGGCAAUCGCCAAGGUUAGAGAGGAGAACCCUGGCAGAUCAGUCAUAGUCCUCAAUGAAUCCGCAUUCAUGGGAUCACUUCCUCUAUUGAGAGGUGCAAAUGGAGUGAAAGCUGAUGGCAUCAUCGGGAUUGGUAUUAACCCCAUUUCGCUCACCAGUGUCGACACGGCACCGUUUGGCAUGGGCCUGCCACCACCAACAUCUCCAGAGCAAACAGCCCAAUACGGCAUGAUGCUACAAGGUCUCAAGGGAUUGUUCACAAACGCCCAAAAGAUCUUUAACGACAUCUUGAAAGACGCUGGAUGCGAACCAGAUGAGACUUUCUUCAAUGAUGCACCGUAUGUUUGGCCUCAUCGUUUUCUACAAAUGUGCUCUGCUUCGAUGAUGUACCCCAGAAGCGACGCACCAAAGAGUGUUCGUUUUGCUGGAGGUAUGCCCAAACUACCACAAGAUGCCGAGGGAGAGAAGCCGGCUUGGUGGGAGGAAGUGGUAAACAAUUCGUCUGGCAAAGACAUUAUUUUUGUUUGUCAAGGUACCGUCCGCAUGGACUACAACGACAUUGUGAUUCCUGCGCUAGAGGCACUCAAAGAUAGACCCAACACUCUCGUGAUUGUUGCUCUCGGUCAGCGCGGAGCAGUACUCAAUUCCAGCAUCACCAUCCCCGAGAAUGCUCGCGUUGUGGACUACAUUCCUUUCGACGAUAUUCUGCCUCUUGCAUCUGUGUUCGUCGGCAAUGGUGGGUACGGGGGAGUUCGUGCCAGUCUUGCACAUGGAACUCCCCUUGUCGUGGCAGGCGACAGCGAGGAUAAGCCAGAGAUGUGCGCUAUCAUUGAAUGGGCUGGUGUCACUAUCAACCUACGAACAGGAAAACCAACAAGUGAAGCUCUUCGGGAGGGGGUUGAUAAGCUACUGUCGGACGCCAAGUAUACAGACGGGGCGAAGAGGAUUCAGGCUGAUAUGGACGCUGCGGAUCCUGUCGGGGCUAUCACUCAGAACAUUAAUGAGGUACUUGCUGGCAUCGAGGCUGAAUAA